GUAGAUCUCACCGUUAAACAUGGGCGGGAGAACCCCUCUUCUUGUCCUCACCUUUUCUCUUGCUGUUCUGAGCAUUAAGCUUGGGAUUUCUCAUGGCUGCCGAGAGACGGAGAGGAAAGCCCUCAUCGACUUCAAGCGUGGACUUCAUGAUCCUUCCAAUCGUCUCUCUUCCUGGGUCGGGGAGGACUGUUGUGCGUGGGAAGGUGUUGGCUGCAGCAACAUCUCUGGUCAUGUUAUCAAGCUGGAUCUUCGGAAUAGACGACGAAUGGAUCUAUAUGAAGACUGCUCUCAUCAGGAGGUGUACGACUUUUUGGAUGAUGAUCCAGGAUGCAGAUGGGCACUGCGCGGUGACAUAACUCUAUCACUGCUUUCUCUCCAACAACUUAGACACCUGGACCUCAGCGGCAACUAUUUUACGCAUAAACCUAUCCCCAAGUUCUUUGGAGCUUUCAGAAGACUAACAUAUCUUAACCUCUCAGGUGCAGGCUUCGUGGGUAGAGUACCUGACCAGCUCGGAAAUCUAUCCACUUUGCAGCACCUCGACCUUUCUUAUAACUGCUAUGGGGAUGAUGAAGAUGAUGACUUCUUCUGCUUGUACCUUGAGAACACGAGAUGGAUCUCUAUGCUCACUUCCCUUCGACACCUUAACAUGAAUUGGGUCGAUUUGACAGAUGCAUCCAACUGGCUGCAAGAUUUGAACGUGCUACCACGUGUUCAAGAGAUUGAAUUAAGUUCUUGUGAAUUAGGGACCUUUCCCCGUUCGCCAUUUCAAGUCAACUUCACAUCUCUCACCACUCUUGAUUUACGAGGCAAUGAUAUAAACUCCACCAUACCAGAUUGGGUGUUCAAUAUUACUAGCCUCGAGUUCCUUUAUCUUGGUGGGAAUGACCUACAUGGGUUCUUUCCUAAUUCUAUUACGAAGUUGACAUCUCUCAAGGCACUCGACUUGUCUGGGAGUGUGUUCCAAGAUGGCUUCAUGCAGCUAGCUCCUAUAUCCAAUCUCUGCAAGCUCCAAAUUCUCUACCUGAGCCAAGUGCCUAUCAAUGAUGUGCUUGCCAAUCUAGAAAUGGUUUUCUCUAGAUGUCUUAGGAAUAGCAUGGAGGAAUUGUACCUCGGAGGCACCCAACUGAGUGGUUCCUUUCCGGAUUGGUUAGGGAACAUCAAGAAUCUUAAAUCUCUUGAUCUUUCUUUCAACUCUAUCUAUGGAUCAGUGCCUGCAUCUAUCGGGAAUCUAUCAUCGCUGCAACAUUUGUAUUUAUAUUCCAAUGAGUUGAAGGGGACGAUUUCGAAAGGCAUCGGACAACUGAAGAGCCUUGUUGAUUUGGAUCUCUCCAAUAACUCGUUGAGCUUAUCGGAGGACGACCUUGCUAAUCUAUCGAGUUUGAAAUAUUUGGACAUUUCUUACAACUUCAUUGAAUUGAACAAAGCCGAUGACUGGAUCCCUUCUUUUCAGCUUCAAAGUCUCCUCAUGGAUUUCUGCCAAAUAGGGCCGACGCCCCAAUUUCCAAAUUGGCUCCGAACACAGACCACUCUUCGUCAACUAUAUUUGUCAAGUGCAGGUAUCAAAGACAUGUUUUUCGAUAGGCUUCCUUCUAGUCUUGAGUAUUUGGAUCUUUCGUAUAACUCUCUCAAUGGAUCAUUGCCUGCUUCUCUUGGAAACCUCUCUAUGCUACACUCUUUGAUUUUAAGUUCCAAUUAUCUGAGUGGGAUGUUUCCGGAAGGCAUCAAACGGUUGAAGGGCCUCGUCUAUUUGAAUCUUUACAAUAACUCGUUGAGCUUAUCGGAGGAUGACCUUUCUAAUCUAUCAAGUUUGAAAAUUUUGGACAUUUCAUACAACUCUAUACACUUGAACAAAAGCGAUGACUGGAUCCCUCCCUUUCAACUUAACUCCCUUCGCAUGGGAUUCUGCCAAAUACUGCCCAUUCCCCAUUUUCCUAAAUGGCUUCGUACACAAACCACUUUUGGUGAAUUAGAUUUAUCAAAUACAGGUAUGAAAGAAACGAUUCCCAAUUGGCUUCCAUCCGGUCUCGAAUAUUUGGAUCUCUCCAAUAAUAUGAUUGGUAUGAUUGGCGGUGAUGUACCAUAUUAUUUUCCAAAUCUAACUGUAUUGGAUCUCAGCAAUAACUCGUUAUCAGGAUAUUUUCCUCUAAAAUUAUCAAACAUGAUGCCAAAACUGAGAUAUUUAUUUCUUUCAAGUAACUCAUUCUCAGGAAAUCUUCCACCAAGAAUCUCAAACACAAUGCCAAGCUUACAAUGGUUUGAUCUAUCUACAAAUAAUAUGAGUGGUGAGAUUCCCUUUUCUUAUUGUCAAUUGAGGAAUUUGGAAGGGCUUCAGCUUUCUGAGAAUAAUUUGUCAGGAGAGGUUCCUAAUUGCUGGAAAAAUUCCUCAAAUUUACUUCUUUUAGACUUAUCAAGCAACAAAUUAGUAGGUGGAGUCCCUGAUUCGCUAUGUAAUUUGCAAACGCUAGAGUCACUGCAUUUGAGUCACAAUAAUUUAUCUGGGCCGAUUCCUCAUUGUUUAAAGAGUUGCACAGAACUAUCUACUCUCGACUUGGGCCACAACAACUUUAUCGGGAACAUACCAACUUGGAUCGGAGAAAGUCUCUUGUACUUGAAGACACUUAGCUUACGCUCCAAUGCCUUCACCGGCAACAUUCCUCAAUUAUCUUCUCUACCAUCUCUUCGAAUCUUGGAUCUCUCCAACAACAAUCUUUCAGGAACGAUACCACAAAGUUUUGGGGACUUCAGUGCGUUAAAAAGUGCUCCUAUGUAUCAGUGUUGUUACUUCAACAAUGAUAGUCUCUCUGUGGAAGAUAUGUGGCUCUUUAUAAAAGGAAGUGAAAUCAAGUAUACUACCUCCAGACAACUUUCAAUUGAUACACUUAUUGAUCUCUCCAACAAUUACUUAUCUGGAAACAUCCCUGAAGAAUUGGGGAAUUUGCAUGGAUUGCGGAGCUUAAAUCUAUCCGGAAAUUACCUUAUAGGUAAGAUACCAAGAAGCAUCGACGGAAUGAAACAACUAGAAGUUCUCGAUCUCUCAAGAAAUAAUCUCUCGGGUGCAAUUCCCUCUGAUUUGGCGGCUUUGAAUUUCUUAGACCAUUUGAAUUUAUCAUAUAAUAAUCUUUCAGGAAGCAUUCCCACUGGCAACCAAUUUCAAACUUUUACUGAUCUAUCUAUCUACGUUGGUAAUCCAUAUCUUUGUGGCCCUCCUCUACCCACAAAUUGUACGAUGAAUAUAACGAAGGCCAUUAAAGAAGAGCAAAAUGAAGAUUCUUCUGAGAGCAGAAUAGAAACACUUUGGUUAUACACGAGCAUCACGCUAGGAUUUAUUAUCGGAUUUUGGGUGAUUUGUGGAAGUCUUUUGUUGCGACGGACAUGGAGGAUCGCGUACUUCCAUGCCAUUGAUAACAUGUGUGACAAGCUAUACGUGGUGAUAGUAGUGACCGUGGCAAAAUACAAAAGGAAGCUAUGA